AUGUCUGAGUCCGCUACAACACGAGAGCAAACUCCAACAGAGGCCGAGUCGAGUUACUUCAACAGUUAUCCCCCACCGAAAGCGCUUAAGAACCAUGAAGCUCUUGCAAAGGCCUUCAUUGAGUACCAUGUGGAAGCCAAUCGAAGGGUCGUGCUGGUCACGUCGGGCGGAACAACCGUCCCGCUGGAAAAUCAGACGGUCCGCUUCAUUGACAACUUCUCUGCCGGUACCCGAGGAGCGACUUCUGCGGAGUACUUUCUCGAGGCAGGAUAUGCGGUGAUUUUCCUCCACCGGCAGUUUAGUCUCCUGCCUUACUCUCGACAUUACAGCCAUUCAACCAACUGUUUCCUCGAUUUCAUGGACGAGGCCCCAUCCGAUUCGACCUCAGAUCAGGGAUCUAUUGUCGUCCGAAGUGAGUAUCAAGAUGCGAUGCGUAAUGUCCUGCGCAAGUACCGCUACGCGAAGGAAAACAACCUCUUGCUCCUUCUUCCCUUCGUCACAGUCACGGAGUACAUGUUUGAGCUGCGGUCACUGGCCAACUUGAUGAAACCUCUGGGGUCCAAUGCCCUCUUUUACCUUGCUGCGGCGGUCAGUGAUUUCUUUAUUCCUCGCCACCGCAUGGCAGAGCAUAAGAUCCAAUCGUCCGAGGUCCCUGUGUCGGAUUCGGAUGUCUACACGGGAUACAACGAAGAUCAACCGUCGCACCGUAGCAAGAAACUCAUCAUCGACCUGGACCCGGUUCCUAAAUUUCUGCACCGGUUGGUUGAUGGUUGGGCGCCCCACGGAAGCAUGAUCGUGUCAUUCAAGCUUGAGACAGACCCCAACUUGCUGGUCUACAAGGCGCGGACAUCGCUGCAGCGGUACUCGCAUCACCUGGUCAUCGGAAACUUGCUGUCGACGCGGAAGUGGGAGGUUGUCUUUGUCACGCCGGAUCCACCUUUUGAGCGCUGGAUUCGCGUGCCCAAAUCGAAGCGGAGCAAGAGCAUUUCGGGUGCGAAAGCUCAGGUUGGCCUGGCAGAAGGCAAAAAGCUGGAUGAAGAGGAAGAGAGUCAUACGCAGGACGAAUCGUCUUCUGAUAAGGAAGGGAUCGAAAUUGAGAGCUUGAUCGUGCCGGAGUUGGUGAAGAUGCAUACGCAAAUGAUCGAGAAGGCACGACAAAAUACGCAGUGA